GCAAUUUUUAGUUAGUUACAAGGCUUAUUUGCCCUUUCUCACUAAAUAAUAAUGCACCCAGAAAUCGCCGCCAUCCAACCAUGGCUGCUGCUGCUGCAUUUGCUGAUUGCCGUUUUCCUGUAUGCCGUACUUUCGCCGAGAAAUCUCGGCUUUUCUCUUUCUCACGGAGCACAAUCACGUGCUCACCUCAUCAGACAAGUAAAGUGUCUGUUGCUGCUUCUGUAUCGUUCACCCAACUUCGAGGACUUGGUUUCGCUGUCGAGAGGAAUCGAAACCGGUCAGGUUUUUCACGGAACUCGGCCGUCCGUCAGUUGACUGGUUCUCUCACCGUUGCAGAGGGCCUCCGAUUUGCGAUUGUGGUGGCACGUUUCAACGAAAUUAUAACGAGGCCACUUUUGGAGGGGGCUUUGGAAACUUUCAAGAAAUACUCUGUCAGAGAAGAAGAUGUUGAUGUUGUAUGGGUUCCAGGUAGUUUUGAAAUAGGUGUGGUUGCAGAGAAGCUGGGAAAGUCAAGAAAGUAUCACGCAAUCUUGUGCAUCGGUGCUGUGAUUAGAGGUGAUACUACUCAUUAUGAUGCUGUUUCUAAUUCAGCAGCAUCGGGGGUGCUUUCAGCAGGUCUAAGUUCAGGUGUUCCUUGCAUAUUUGGUGUCUUGACAUGUGAAAAUAUGGAACAGGCAUUGAAUCGUGCUGGAGGCAAGUCUGGCAAUAAAGGCUCUGAAGCAGCGUUGACAGCGAUUGAGAUGGCAUCUCUGUUUGAGCAUCACCUCAACAAUUUACAAUAGGAGUUUUCCCGAAAUUGAGGGGUGUAUGGCAUACCGUGACUUAUGCAGUGGCAACAUUUCCAUCUCUACAUUUGAUAGCUUCUUCAAAAAUGUAAUUUAUGUUGUACCAACUACCAACUGCCAAGUCAAAUCCCGGUUUCAUAGGAAUAAUGGAAGGGCAUUGUUAUGAGGAUAUGGUAACCCCUUAUUAGCUUAUCAAUCAAAUUUUUACAAACCACAACUUUUGAUAUUGUUUUAUGAAAAAAUUCCACUUUUGAUCUCAUGACUAUUAUGCCACUUCCAUAUUAAUCCCCUGAGUUUCAGUUUAAUCAAAUGUAGUCCUUG